GGAGCUCGAGGGGCCAAGAAAGUAGAACUUCCCCCAACCAGAAAUUAGUUAAAAAAGGAUAAUAUAUAUAUAUAUAUAUAGAUUUUAUUUCGUAGAUACACACAAAUCUAUGGAUGUGGUGGAACAAAACGAUUGAACCUCAAAUGAAUUAUUAUGUUAUUCAGAAAGACACGAUGAGAUGUUUUCCUAUUCGUGACUCGAAGUGAUUGCUUCAUCUGAAAAGCGUCACGAGGAGAGAGAAAUAAGAAAGAGAGAGGGAGAAAGGGUGAAGAGAGAGAGAUUCUUUCGAGCUACAUGCGUGUUAGGGUUUUUGCCGCAUAUGCGAUACGCACUGAUAAAAAGUGGUGCAGGGUUGUUGACGAAGCUGUGGAUUUGACUUGCAGUUCAUGCAACUAUGGAUUUUUUUGAGAUUGUUUUUAGCCCAUCUGGCUCCUGAAGUUUGCCCGUCCUAUUCUGUUCAAGUGCUUCAUUUGAACCGCAUGGAAGGGAAUGCUGAAGUGAAUGAGACCAUAGAGAGCUCAACAGAGGCUGCUCACCUCAAAAGGAAAGAGAAUGAUCAGCCACUGCAGCAACCAGAUAGUCACAAUGCAUUGGAAACAGCUGCUCCAGUUGUCUCUCAAGAAUCUGAUUGGCCUGAAAAUUUCUCUCUGCUGCGUUCACCUGAGAUGUUUCUGGAAACUAUGGCUGGAAAGAAAAUAAGUCACAAUACAGCUUCACAAUCUGGGACUGAGCCACUUUUUGCAAACCCUGGCUCUUCAAAUGAUCCUGGAGUUAUGGUGGAAGAGCUGACUCUGAAGAACUACAAGCGUCCUAGCUUGUCUAUUGGUGGCAGCUCUAGUAGUGGAGAAAGGCCACUUGUGAGGAAAGGCCUAUGGCAGAAUUUUACAAGGCUUGCAGAUGGACUGAGAGAUAUGGCACCGAAAGAAUCAAUGACAAUGGACCAUCAAGAGGAUACAGGGAAAGUCUUUCCGCUCCCACCUAGAGUUCAGAGACCUCUGCCUUGCGUACAUCUGGACCCAAAUCAUUCUAAGGUCUCUGAGCAUUUGGCUGCAAGUGAUAAGUGCAUGGCCUCAAGAAAUGCCCCGACAAGAUCGCCUAGCUGGAUCCGAACUAAGGUCCUACCUGCAUCUGGGUUUCCACAAUUUUUGAUCAAAAACACCUUGAAGGGUAAGGGGGUCGCAUAUAGACAUCAAGGAACUCAUGAUGCCGCUGGCAUGGUGAUCCGAUGUCAAAAUGUCGAAAGGCCUAAUGCCAAUUGUGAGAUAGUUGCUAAUUUAUCCCAUAGACCCAGUGCAAAAGCAGAUGGAAUGGCACUUCUUGGUGAUGGCAAUGGUGGGGUUUCAGAUCCCCAUUACAUUGGAAUUAGCUUGAGGGAAUGGCUUACCCUGAAGCGCCACAAGAUAAACAAGAUCGAGAGGCUGCAUGUCUUUAAGCAGAUCCUGGAGCUCGUUGAUAUCUCCCACUCUCAAGGACUUGCUUUACAUCAUUUACGGCCAUCAUAUUUCAUAAUACUGCCUUCAAAUCAAGUUAAAUAUGUUGGCUCUUUUAUCCCCCAAGGUCAGAUGAAGCAGUUGUCAGGCUCAGUAAAUCAAGAUUUUUAUCCUUUGGAGCAUCACUUGAAAAGGAAAAGGUACAUGGAACAGGCCUGUGAAAUUUUGAUGCUAAAGCAUCAACAACUUAUUGAACACCUUAGUACCAGUACUCAGCAUCAUAUUUAUCCUCCCAGGGUUGGCUUGAAAGGGAAGGGUCAAGGUGGAGAAAUUGAUGUCCAUGUUUCUAGUGCAAGAAAUUUUGAGUAUGAUUUAAGGGAACAAUUAAGAUUUGGGGAACCACAUGACACUUGUAACAUAUCCAACAGUCCAAGCAUAUCUAGUUCCAGCACCCAGCAGUCAAUAUCUGAAUUUUUGAAGCUGGAGCAGAGUUGGUAUGCUAGUCCAGAGGAGCCAAAUGAGAGUAUAUGCCCUUUCUCCUCGAACAUCUACAGUCUUGGGGUUCUUCUUUUUGAGCUCUUUUGCUAUUUUGAAUCAUGGGAAGUGCAUUCUGCUGCUAUGUCAGAUCUCCGCCAUCGGAUUCUUCCUCCAAAUUUUCUAUCAGAAAGUCCUAAGGAGGCUAGUUUUUGUCUUUGGUUACUGCAUCCAGAGCCUUCUUCUCGUCCAAAGACAAGGGAUGUACUGCUACGUGACUUAAUAUCUGAAGGUAGAGAUUUGUCAUCCUCAGAUUGCUCAUCAGCAGCUAUUGAUGAGGAAGAUGCAGAAGCAGAUUUGUUGUUACAUUUCCUCUUAUCUUUGAAAGAACAAAAAGAGAAGCGGGCUGCCAAGUUAGUAGCAGAACUUGGAUGUUUAAAUGCAGAUGUUGAAGAGGCUGAGAAAAGACACUCAUCAAGAGUCAAUUUUGUUUCUAAUGUCAAAGAUCUGCAAUCUAACUUCAGUGAUAUCUCAGAGAUGUACUCUUGCAAAGAACCUGUACAGGCGGAGGAUGUAUCUAGGAUGUCCAGGUCAAGCAUUUAUCAGGAGAGGUUGAUGAGGAAUAUAGAUCAACUUGAAAAUGCAUAUUUUUCCAUGAGAUCCAGAAUUGAGAUAUCAGAAACUAAUGCUCCAACACGUUCAGAUAUUGAUAUUCUGAAGAUUCGUGGUAAAUGUUAUGGAGUUGAGAAUGAUACUGAUGACAUGUGGAAGGAAUCAUCUGACCGUCUUGGAGCUUUUUUUGAUGGUUUAUGCAAGUAUGCUCGAUAUAGUAAAUUUGAAGUUCGUGGAAGUUUGAAGAAUGUGGAUAUCCUUAACUCUGCAAAUGUUAUUUGUUCAUUGAGUUUUGACCAGGAUGAAGACUACUUUGCUGCUGCUGGAGUAUCAAAGAAAAUUAAGAUUUUUGAGUUUAAUGCUCUUUUAAAUGACAGCGUUGAUAUUCAUUACCCUUUAAUUGAGAUGUCAAGUCGAUCCAAGCUCAGCUGUGUCUGUUGGAAUAAUUAUAUCAAGAACUAUUUGGCUUCAACAGACUAUGAAGGUGUAGUUCAGUUAUGGGAUGCAAGCACCGGUCAAGGAUUUGCACAGUUCAUAGAGCAUCAAAAAAGAGCUUGGUCCGUCAGUUUCUCACAAGUGGAUCCAACUAAGCUUGCCAGUGGAAGUGAUGACUGUUCUGUGAAACUUUGGAGCAUUAAUGAGAAAAAUUGCCUCGACACAAUCAGGAAUGUGGCCAAUGUAUGCUGUGUCCAAUUCUCAUCACACUCCUCCCAGUUGUUGGCUUUUGGUUCUGCUGAUUACAAGAUAUAUUGUUAUGAUCUACGGAAUACUAGAAUCCCCUGGUGUACUCUGGCUGGACAUGGAAAGGCAGUUAGCUAUGUGAAAUUCUUAGACUCAGAAACACUUGUUUCCGCAUCAACUGAUGGCUCCCUCAAGCUUUGGGAUCUCAAUAGAACCAAUGCUAGCGGGUUGUCGAGUGGUGCUUGCACUCUGACCUUAAGUGGUCAUACCAAUGAGAAGAACUUUGUGGGUUUAUCUGUUUGUGAUGGAUAUAUAGCAUGUGGCUCGGAAACAAAUGAAGUUUAUGCUUACUAUAAAACUUUUCCCAUGCCAAUAACUUCACACAAGUUUGGCUCCAUUGAUCCAAUCACGGGGCAAGAGACAAGUGAUGAUAAUGGACAAUUUGUCUCAAGCGUCUGCUGGAGAGGCAAGUCAAAUAUGGUUGUUGCUGCAAACUCCAGCGGUAGCAUAAAGGUGUUGCAGAUGGUUUAAGAGAAGAAUCUCUUGGUAAUCUUAAGGAGACAGACUGCCACUGUAGCUAUCCAGUGAUCUGCCAAUCCCAUAGACUGGUGAUCAUUAUUUUGAUAUUUGGAAUUCAUCCAGAUUAGCCACAAGUGGUGCAGAUCUUAAAAUUCCUUCACUUUGCAGUGCCAUUCUGGUUCAGAAUCAGAUAUAUAAGGUCUACAGGUAACAGAAGAUAUGGUGAAUUGUGCAGAUCUGUGUUUAAGAAUUGCUCCAAUUUCUCUGAGCUUUUGUAGCCCUAUGUUUGUUCUUCAUGGGUAACAAGGAUUUGAUCCGAUGCCUGGUGUUCACUAGCAUGCAAUGUCAAACAAGCCGUGGAAUGGAAUUCUCUCUCUAUGUUGACUAGAGAGUUAGCUUUUUCUUGACAUUGCAAGGAGAAGGAAUGCCGAACAGGAGAUCGUAUGCCAAGAAUAGGAAAAAAAGGGCUGACCUAUUCAAACAUGUACCCACCUAGAUGAUAUGCAAAUCAGAGUUCAGUGUUUGCUCGAAUGAUGAGAAAUUGGCUGCCAUCAGGACAUUUACUGGACUAGGAUUUGAAAACGGGAUGUGUAUACAGGAAUUUUGUAGAGGCUUUCAGGGUUGUAUAUCAUUAAUGUAAACAGUACGAUACCAAAGAGAAUAUGCAAUUAGUUUUUAGCAUUUGUUGUUUAGGGGCGUAUUGUACCCUGUUUUUAAGGGAAGGAGGUGUAUCAAACAACGUUUUGCCGUCAAGAAGGAAUAUAUCUACAAUGUGAACUGUAGCACAAAAUCACCAUUCUUUAUUUAAAAAUAAGAUUUGAUGUAAAUUCGAUUGAAAUUAGACCAUUGUAACUUUUAUUUGCAUAGGAUGCUUUUUGGAUGUAACAAAAAA